GUGUAACAUGUGUAAGGAGGAUAAAUUAUACAUGCAUUUUUUUUUUUCAUUUUCACUAUUGGUAGACAAAUCAAAAUAUAUAUUUCUUUUUUUUUUCAUUUAUAAUUGUGCAAGUACUCAAUAAAAACUGUUUGUUUGUAUUUUUUUAGGACAACCUCCAGCAGUUAGAGAUUUACAGAUACACUACAGUUUUGACUAUGCCCAACAGGUGUUAUACCCUCACUAUGCUCAGCAAGUAGGGCCUUUACUUCAAGACACCACGUAAAUGCGGUUGCUUUGGAGUUUGCUGUGAAUCUUCAGGCUCUCAGAUUUUCUACUCAGUUGAUGAGAAGUACAGUGCUGCUGUUGGUAGGGAUGCAAAUAGUGUAGUAUCAAUGGUCCACCAUAACUUCCAGCAUCAUGGCUAUGGAGAGAAGAAUGUGUCACUACAUAUGGACAACUGUACUGGACAAAAUAAAACCAAUGUGGUAAUAAGUUAUGGAAUGUGGCGUGUGAUGAUGGGUUUACAUGAUGCUUUGGAGUACAGCCUGAUGGAAGCUGGGCAAACAAAAUUCAGUCCUGACUGGCACUUUGGCCUGUGGAAGGAGGUCUUUUAAUACAGUUUGUACUGCAUAGACUAAGAACCUUUCAAACCAUUUUUGUACGUUGGCGUCACUCAACAGCGGAAACGUUAGAAGACAUUUCUAAGACCGUCUCUGAUUCUUCUCGUGGUGGACACAGCAUUCCCCAGCUAGUAGAGGACCCAACCAAACCAGUGGUAUUUUAUGACUGGGUAGAGUUCCUAAAGCAGUUUUUCAAACCAGUACCACAUUUGAAAAAGUAUCAUCAUUUUAGGUAGGUUAAGUAUUUGAUAUAAUUUGUAGAGACUAGAGCAAUUAUGUUAAGAGUGUUAUUUUUUACACAUUGAAUCAAUUACUCAGUGUAAAACUUUAAGUGACACAUUGUAAAUAACCUUAAAUCCUUAAGUGUGACUGUUGCUGAGAUAAAUGCAUGACACUCGUAGAAACUGUUGCCUGUAUUAUGUCUUAAUUAUGAAAACAAGACUGCUUCAUGCAUGUAAAAAUACUGACCACUAGUGACCAGACAUAACUGGACACAUUGAAAUGCAUACACCAAACAGUCAAAUUGAUGACAUUGUCUUGCUCACUACAACAGACAACAAAAAUAACAUAAUUGUCAUUUAGUUCAUUUUCAAAGAAAUUUCCUAAUCGUUUUACUAUUCCUGAGCUGGAUGCCUGUAGACAUUGGUACUUAUAUAUUGAGAUAGCGCCACUUUGCAACAAAAGCUGUGUGUGCCCAAAGCCAGCAAUACCAAAACCGUCAAAAGUUAAAACUCAGGCGUUUAAAACGAAAAGUGAAUGAAAAAUGUGUAUAACAUUUUAAUAUAUACAGAGAAAUAUCAGCUCAAUGUGUUUUCUGAAACGUUUAGUAAUUAAUUUGAAAGUGUUGUGUACUUUUUUAAAGGUUAAAGACCUAAAUUUAAUAUCUGAAAAUAUGAACAAAUACUACAUAUUGUUUAUGUUAACAGUUGAAUUUACAAGUCAAUGUGUACCAACAUAACAGUUACUAUGCUAUUGUUAAAUAUAAUACACACUGAAUAAACACAGUAUAAAUAUGUUCUUCCUCUAGAACACUGUUAGAUUAUUAAACAAUGGACUAUUAAUGCAUGGCAGUUAAUUAUGAAUGUAGUUCUACAUACACAAUUUAUUUAAUAUAUAUAGUGAAGUUAAAGAUAUUUUAUGAGAUGUUCUACAUUUGAAGUAAUCAUCUAAGUAUUUAAUAUUUUAGUGAAUGAUAGCCACUGGGAAUAUAUACAAUGUGGAAUGAUAGCCACUGGGAAUAUAUACAAUGUGGAAAUAUUUAAUGCAACUAAGAUGAAAAAUAACUACCCUCCAGGAUGAAUAUGUUUGAAAUGAUAUGUUACUUGAAAAAAUAUGUAAAAUUAAGAGAAUCCUUUAUAAAAAUGAAUUCGUCAUUUUACAAAAAAGUGUUGUUGCCAUGGAAACAGAACUAAAGUAGUAAGUAUGUGUGCUUUCUGUUUCAUAUUAGAGUAAAAUAACUUUGAAUUAUAUGUAAACACUUUAAUUUUGUAAAAUCAACACUGAUACAUUUGAUUUUUAAUUGACAUUGUCAUUGAGCAAUGUGUCAUACAUUUGAAGUAGAUUGAUGCAUUUAAGUAUUUAAUAUUUAUGGAAUUGCCUUUAGAUAUUAUUUGGAUGAACAUAAAUCAGAAAUAUACAAGUUCUUUUAAUUCUAGGGAACUAAUAUACUGGUACAACAGUGGACUGUUUUAAUUUACCUUGUUUUUGCAUCAGAUGUAGGCUGAAAUCUCUGUUGACUUGAUAUUUUAGCAAUUUUGAUGUGUUUUGUUGC